CUUACUUGAAGCUCUCUCGACCGUUCCACUUGGCUUUUACAAAACGUCUUAUUUUUGGUGUUCUAUAAAGAUUUAAGAACGCCGUAGCGAAACUGACCACACAACGAUACCCGUUGGCAAAUACGGUUUUGUGAGAAAGAUUGAGAGUUUUGAGCACAGCUGUCGUCCCACACAUACUAUCUUCUCAUGGCUUCGAAGCUGUUUUUCGUUUUUAUCUUCACGAUUUUCCACGUUCCAGAGUUUAGUGUCGCGCAGUAUGCAAACGCUCAAAACGAAUUGUUGGAAUACUUAUUUCCCGAGAAUGACACAAAAAAGGAACAUCUAUUACCUGUGCUCAACUAUUCCGACGCAGUCACUGUGGAUUUCCGAAUCACUCUAAUAAAGAUUAAGGAUGUUAACGCUAAAGAACAGACCAUCCAAGUUCAUGUUUGGGUUACACAGAGUUGGGUGAAUCCAUUCCUGAAAUGGGACAAUAAUUCGAAGUUUGAAAGAAUUAAAUCAAUCAAUGUUAAACCAAGUCUUGUGUGGAUCCCAGAUAUAAUACUUUAUAACAAUGUAGACGAACAGGACCGUACUGGUGGAGGGGAGGAAACCUACAAAACUUUAAUCAAACUAUAUUCCAACGGCACAAGCAUCUGGUCAAGUCCAGCGCUUUUUAAAGCUAUCUGCGAGAUAGAUGUCUCAUACUUUCCACUCGACCAGCAAACAUGUCGCCUAAAAUUCGGCUCCUGGACAUAUGACUCGAAGAAGCUGAAACUCGUAACGAAGCAAAAGGCAAAAUUUCCUACCCCUGAUUUUAUAAAAAACGGUGAAUGGGCCAUUACUAAAGUCGAGACAAAAGCCAACGACCGAGUGUACCACAAAGAGUCUCAGGAUAGCUACAUGGAUGUUACGAUGACAAUCGCAAUGAAACGGCAGUAUCUUGAUUAUGUUAUCAACUUGGUUAUUCCUUGUUUAAUGAUAUCUAGCAUGACGUUUCUGGGUUUUAUUCUACCGCCUGAGUCAGGAGAACGAGUUGGCCUCAGCAUCACCGUACUUCUGGCCAUGACUGUGUUUCAACAGCUCACCUCAGAGAUUAUGCCUUCCUACGGCUUCCCCUUGCUUGGCCAGUACUACUUCGCUACGAUCGUGGAAAUCGGCGCUGCCCUGCUUAUAACAACGAUUAUCCUCAACUUCUAUCAUCGCACGAACCGCCACAUGCCACGUUGGUUACGGGUGCUGCUUUUGGACUGGCUGUCGAGGGUCGUGUUCCUCCACGAGUCCGCGGAGAAGUGUAACAAGUCGCGACGCAAAACCAUAAAACGCGGAAUCCGUGAAAACGUGGACGCGGUGGUGAACAACGGUUAUGCCUUGGGCGAGCAUCCGCUGGACGCUGAUGUCGUGGGCGCAACUAGAACCCAGCGCCACGAAAACGGACGCUCGGACAACGACGAGAGCCAAACGAAACCAGCGGGCGAUCGUAAUGUUCUCAAGUUAACUCUCGGUUCUAUUGGAAGCGAAUUGAAUUCACAGACUGUUCAAAAUGAAAGGGGCUUGUUCACCGACGAGACUGGUGCGGCCGUGAGCGAGGAGGAGAUGCGCAUGCGCCAUCAACAGUGGACGCUGGCCGCAAAGGUCCUGGAUCGAUUCUUCUUAUGGAGCUCGGGAUUUAUCGGAAUCGCUACGUUCUUAGGUAUUUUCCUCAGCGGCCCUGGAUUAUGGGAUAACUCGAUUGAAAUGAAAUUAUAAAACCAGCAUAUUCAUUCUUACCGCCUACAAGCCCUCGUGGUGUCCGAAGAUUUUUAAAAAAUCUUUUAAAAUAAUAAACAGUUUCGUGUUUUCGCGAAAGGUCGAUGUUCUAUUCCGCGCAGUUGUUGUUGCACAGGGGGGUUGCGGUGAUGAUGUGCAGUCACGUUCGUGUUAUAAUUAAUCUACAAGUGGAAAUUAUCUGUCAAAAUUUGCCGCGUAAUCUGUACAGAACCAUUAUAUAUAAAUAAGGAGCUUUUUUCAAAGUGUAUUCAAUGUUUUGCGAAAGUCAUACUGUAAACUUUUUUGCCAGUCGGUCAUUGCCAGGACUGAGUCAGAGUUCUAAUACCUGCUACUAAUACCUGCCUGACACUGACUACAGUCUAGUGCUUACUGCUCUAGUUAGGCUUUGAAUUUCUCGACUAUAAACCCAAGUUUUUUACUGUCUUCUUAGCAACCGAAAGUGUAAAUAAAAUAAUGAACGGUGCUUUUGGGAUAUAAUCUGCUCUGGUUUACUAUAAAAUGGUUUCGCUUUCAUGCUUUUAAUGAUAGGUUUAGUAUGGUAACUUUUAUAAUAUAAUUGCAAUCGCUAGCGGCUAGUAUUGUUCAAAUUGUCAGUCAUAUAUCCCCACCCAGUAGCGUCGAGAUGGUUGGGGAAACGGGGUGAUUACACCGGGGCCUGGCGCGAAAGGGUGCCCGGGCACAUGUACUGAAGACAAAUUUUCAAUUACAGUGAGAUUUAAUUCCCAACCCGCAACCCGCAGAGGAACUGUGCAAUUGUAUAUUUAUAUAUUUAUAGACUACAAGCUAAUAUUCAUCUGUAUAUUAUUUUAGCUACUUGUGUUUUUCACUUAACUGAUCAGUUUCUGGUCCGUGUUUAGUUUCGGUUCUAUUAGUUUCUGAAAAUGCCGAUUAGGCGCAGAAAAUCGUCCUCGUGCCCGUUCAUCCUCUCGAUGCCCUUGUGUGUCUCUCCCCAUGAAACAUGCUUAAUGUAUAUCAUUGUAUAUUAAUUAUAUAUAAAAGAUAACACUUUGCUUUUUGGAGUCUUUUAAGGCUGCUUUCCAACUUACGCGUGUUUUAUACGCACGUACACGUACGGAAAAUUUUAAAUGCUUUUAACUUUUUAUUAUUUAACAUCUAGGUCAAUUAAUGCAUACUAAAAAAUGCAGAAAACUGACUUUCUUCGAGUUAUUCACAUAGUUUUUUCAAAGGUAACAGGUAUAAGGAUUUAGACUUUCACGUGCGUGUUCGUGCGUAUGAAAAACGCGUAACUUGAAAGCAAGCCUUAAAUGAUUUCUUCAUUACUGAGAAAUUCUCUCUUGUAAAAAUUAAAGUGUACAUUAA